GGUUGAUUAAAUCGAUGUUAUAUUUCAAAGCCACUAUCUUUAAGUAGGCAUAGUCAAUUGUUAUUAGAAUUGUAGUUGUAGUAUUAGUAGUGUUUAACCACUAUUGUUAUACUUCAUGCUAACACCGUUUAUGCGCACGAGCACUUGUUGAUAAUCCUUUUCGCGCCACUGUCCAAAAGCGGUAGCGACGGUCAGAUAGCUAGACGCCAUUUGAAUGUGCUGAUUUAGCAGUUGUUUAUAAAUACAUCUGCAGAUUAAUUCAUAUGUAUUUGUCUGCACGGGGAAAUUACACUUAGAAACAUCAACCGUUGUUGGUAUUAUUCUCCACCCACUACGGCUGGCGAGGCCGGCAACAAAUAUUGACACCAUCAUCAAAAUGUCAAGUCUCGCCGUUAUAUUAAUCUAAGCCUCGCCUGAUAUAUUGCAAAACGAUGGGACAGUAACCUGUUUUUCUCUAUAUAAUACCCAUAAAUCAAUUAUCUCCUUUAUAUAUUUAAAAUGAAUCGAACUGGUUUAUGCGCGUUCUGUAUUAAUAAGAGAGCAUGAGUUCUUCGUGUUGUUACUAAAAUGAUAUCCAAAAUCAAUUAUCAUGAACGGUUCGAGUAGUCGAUAAUCAAAGUCAGCUUUUGGUUUACAUUCGUCAUUUAGUGAACUACCUGUAAAUUAUUACUGAAGACAUCUUCAAUCAACAACACACUGUAAUUGAACUCGUUUUCAAUGUCACUGCAUUCGUUUUAUUUGCAGGUCCUGACCUCUAUGGCACCCAUUUCUUCGUCGGAUUCUUGCGAAAUGAGCCGAUAAUAGGGGCGUCGUCCUUGAAAUUAAAUGUGCAAAUCAUUCCACGAUACGCCGUUCGAACCGACAUUACUAUCACGACUGCGCAAGGUUCUCAGAGUUAUAACGUUAGUGACAGAUCACCUUUAAAGGUCUCUUUCGAUAGCACCUUUAUGGGGAAUUCGGCAGAUGGCAAGCUUUCAAUAGACACCUUAGGUAUAGAGAUCUAUACCUUCGACAGAGAAGUCUCCGUGGUGGUUUGCAAUCAAGAAACGGGCUCUAGUGGCUGCUACUCUGCCUUGCCUGUUGAUGUAACUGGUACAGAAUACUAUACCGUGUCCAUGCCAUGGGAAAACGAAACUUCAGCGUUCAUGGUAAUCGCACAAAGAGACGCCACUCAAGUUAAUAUUACGAUCCCAAGCGCCAGUGGGCAUGUAGUAGAUUCAUUUAACGCUGGGAGCACGUUUAGUGUUACGCUGGAUAAACGAAGAACCGUUUAUGUGUCACAACUCGUAGCUGAUGAAAACAAUGCCCAUGUUUGUGGUUACCGUAUUGUUUCGUCGAAACCAGUAUCAGUGAUAUCAGGAAACGUGAACUAUGAAACGGACCACAUGGUGGACCAAAUACCGCCGGUGGAAAAAUUUGGUGAUCAUUACGUGCUCGCACCCGCCAUUCCUAGGGAUGACACAAGAUCAACAAAAUAUAUCAUACAAGCCAUUAACACAGGGACAACAGAAGUCAAGUUCUACACGUCCUCGUCACCUCUUAAUUCAACUACGUACAACAUUAGUACAGCCCAAAAUCCACCGUUGAUUCUCGAAGUACAGAGCUCAUCCCCUGGCGAGUUAACAUCCGAUAAACCCAUAUUUGUUACGCAGGUCGUAGCAAACAAUCUGCCUAAAGGUGUCCAACACGCUAUGGUCGUUUUACCUUCAAUACAGCAAUGGUCAUCGACAUACGUAAUCAAUUCGCCAAUGACAUCUUACAGCUUGGGUGUAGUUUACCAUAACAGUUCAAACAUCUACGUAUCCUCGCAGUUAAUUAUCCCUCUCAUUGUUAAAGAGGUGAACGGACAAGGUAGAUACAAGUUCGCAAAUAUUCAAAUACCACCUCAACAAGUGCUACGAAUACUGUCCUGUGAUAGUCCAUGUCUGUUCAUUGCGUAUACAUGGUCGAACCUCAAUGACGGUGCUGCUUUGGUUUUACCGGGGACCCGAUAUUCAAACUUCGACUAUUGCGAGCCAGUUGGUCUUCGCGGUGAUUUGAUGGACAACGACUGCGAUGGUUACAUUGACGAAGAAAUAGUGGAUGGUGUGGAUAAUGACAAAGAUGGACUAAUUGAUGAAGACGCCAUCGGUCAUGCAAAAGAGAAUCUGGCAGCUGUAGCCAUCCGUCCCAUCAACUGCAAAGUGUCAGGGGACAGCACCUUUAACGUGUUUCAACAAAUAACAGGAUCGAAUGGUUGCAUCAUACCAGAUCAGCCUUUUUUGCCAGCCAAAAACUUCACACCUGUGACGGGAAGCAACAUUGGCAAUGGUACUCAAACAAAGAUUCUCUACAGCGGUGUUUUUGAAAUCUCCAUGUUCAUUGAUAAAGCCCAACUGUUCUUCAUGUGUGAUAUUGGCCACUAUUGUUUGAGUGCUUUGGAUACAUCGUGUACGACAUCCAUAUGUACACCUAGCAAGAAAAGGUCAGUUGAGGACGAGAACUUGGAUAAUAUUACAGUUGGUGUUUUCGUAUUUCCUUACAACGCCCAGUCAUCGCAGUGGAACAUCUCAUCUGGAAACACAGACACGCUCUCGAGUUUGGAGGUCUGUAUAAAGAAUGAUGCCAUCAUUUUGAUCACGACCUUGCCUUUGGCGCUGGCGGCAUUGUGUUGCUGUUUAGCCGUGUUCGUGUGUAUGCUAUACAGAAAACAAUUAAAACGGAAUGCAAGCGAUGCACCGAAAUACUGACCGCUCCGUUGAAAAGAUAACUCUGAGCCGAGAUACAUCUUUUUUAAGCAUUCAGUUGCAUCACUUAACUGUUUUGUUUUAAAGAAAUUGCUAAAUGUACCGGAGUACACUUUGUUUCACUUUUAAUGCACAGCAUACAAUAUGUAUACUAUUCAAAAAGCAUUAUAGGCUUUAAUAUCUGACAUUUUUCAGUUUUAUCAUAUGAACGAACGAUUUCUCAAAAUUAAAUGUUAAUGGUUUAGAUCAUUAUGUUUUAAAUCGAACUCAGUUAUUAAAAUCAAGCAAACGGGCGUCCGGUGGAAUUAUUGUUUACAUUCGAAAUGUACUCACUAGCAAAGAAACUUUAGUAUUUACAAGCGAAGAUGACAUUCUUUGUAUUAAAAUAUCUGCAUCUAAAUUUUUUUGACAACAUGACUUGUAUAUAUUCUUAUGCUACGUUAUACCAGAGAUUGAAUGCACCUUAUAUACAGAUUUAAGAUGUAAAUAUAUACCUUCAUAUUACAGAAACAGACCAUAUAUGCAAACAUUUAUAGAAUUAAUGUCUUCCGAUAGUAAUUCUGUGUUAAGAAAACUAAGUGUUUUGUCCAAGCCGCUUUUUUAGUUAGAUCAGCGAACAUGUAUGCGCCAAUUUGAUGUAUUUUUCCCAUUAACUAGCUGAACAAUGUAAAUUGCUGCUGUUUUUGAUUUUGUAUGUGAAUGAAAUCCUGUAUAAUGAGUAUUUUUGUGUGUGUUCUUGUUUACGCCUUCUUAGUUUUGUUUUUUGAGUAAAUGUGUGUUAGAAAUGAACUACUUAUGCAUUGAUAAGUAGGAUUACUCUUCUUAAAUUUAACGUAUUUCAUCUAUGUAUGCUGCCAACUAUUUGAUUUAGCUGUAUAAUCAGUAUUUUGUUUGAUUUCUUGUUUAACUCUCUUUAGGUCUUGUUUGUAGUGUAAAUGUACGUUAAUAUUAAUGCAAUAUGUAUUGAUCAGUAUGAGAACUCCUCUUAAAUAUUAUUAUUACGGUUAAUAUGUAUUUCCUGCUGUAAACUAUUGACACUACUUAUGUAAUUAUUAUUGACAAAGUUGUGUAACCUCGCUUAGUCAUAAUUUCAUGUGCUUGUUAUAAUCAUGUUUAUAUUUCUGUAGUUAUUAUAUUGCUUGUACUAAAAUAUGUCCACAUGAGACAUUGGCCUUCUGGAAAUGCUGUAAAUAAAAUCUUAUCUAAAUAUAAUCUUAUCUAUAACACACCUGUACACAUUGACAUCAACUUACUUGUUUUGUAGUAUAUUAAAGAACUCCGCGCGCGGCUCUUUAAUUUCAGUUAAAUAAUAAAUAUAUCAAACAAAAAAGAACGUUUAUUUACAAUUAAGUAGAGAUUACUCGUUUUAUUUUAUUUAUGUGAACAUGAUUUUGAUUGGUACAAAUAUAAAGGUUUGAACACAAUGAAACAAGAUCAUCAAGAUCAUCAGCUUAAGGUUACUUUACCUUGUCUGUAAUUAGGAAGUGAAAUGCAUUGGUGUACACGCACUGUUGCUUUUAAUAGUUAAAUAAUUAAAUUAUUAGUAUCGAAUGGGCUAAAUAUAAGAUGAAAUGUACAUAUGUACAUGAACUAUAACUGUUUUAUCAAAGAAACGUUUGUUUCGUAUGUUUAAUAAGAACUUUAUAAUUCGGAUGUAGCUUUUUCUUAUAAGCCGCUACUUCUCAAACAACGUACU